CCAAAAAGAAAAAAAAAUACUGAAUUGAACAAUUUACAAAAUUAAGGACUUUAUUUGUGUUUUCGAAUCACAAUACCUUCUGUAGCAAAAAGAAAUUCUCCCUCAACCCGUAAAAUCCCAAAUACUGUACUUUGUAAGUAUUUGCGAUUGUUUCCCCGACAUACAUAGGAUCGGUGUCAGUCGUAAUCCUCCGAAUUCUCACAGUAGCCCAUUGAUUUUUUGUUCUUUGGUGGAAGGUGGAACCCGAGGAAUUAGAACAAUAAUGGAGACGCCGGCGUCCUCUCAACAGCUGAUUACCCCGGAAGACGUCUUGGAGUCGUUGAUGAACGAUGGCACCGUUGAUGCCAUCCGGAUGAAGAUCAUCACUCAGCUCAAAGCCAAUGAAGAAUUGAAGAAUACAACAAUAAAAAUGGUGGAGCAGAGUAGGGUUUUGAAUACACCAGGAGCUGAGAAGCAGACAAAAAGAGAACUUUUUGAUGCCCUUCGACAAGAACUUGAGUGAGUAUUUCUUUUGACCCUUGGUUUCCCUUCAUUCCUUCUCUAACGGGAUGUGUUUCUAUGUUUUCUUUUUAGUGUUAUUGAUUGCAAAAAUCAUGAACUUCUUGUUCUUUUUUCACAUUUGAUUUUUGGGAUCCAUGGUUGGAGCAUUCCUCCCGUUGGGUACUCAUUUUGUUAUAUAGUAUUCUGGUCUUGAGUGCUGCUUGCUUUAUACCUGUCUGGAAUCAUGUUUGGCAUGACUAAACUCUGAAGGGCAUUACUACGGACCAUGUUAAAUAGAAGGUGUGAUUUGUCCUUGUGUUCUCUGUCCUAGUCUGGCCUUAACAAAUCGUGACUCCGAGGUGGAAACUUGUUUUCAAAGAGGUGUCUCUAAUCAGAGUUUGUAAGUUUGGAUUUUCAUCACCAUUUUGUAAUACAUAUUCUGACUUUGAAUGCCUUGGAACUCGGAUGUUUUCAGAGAUGGAUGUCUGUGAAUUCCAACUUUUGUUUAUUUCUGUUACGAAAAAUUUUGCAGCUUUGAUUCAACUAUGGAAGAGAUAUUUUAUUCACCAAUUUUGGAAGCAUCCGGCUGUAGUAUCUCAUUUUAUAUUACUUAUCUGCCACUGUUCUUCUAAUCAUGCUUUUGGCCGUGUGGGUUAAGUCUUCAGCUUUACUCUUUUCUCAGUUUCUGCUAGUAGAAAUAAUGAGGUCAAGUACAUAAAUUGGAGGAAAAGGAUAUUACAAACAUGAGAUUAGUUUCUGAUUGAAGUUUUAGCACUCUGUGAGGGAUCUUAGAUUUCUUCAAAUUGGUGAAGUCAACAUCAGAAUGCAUAUUCUUCUUUGCAAGGUGAUUCCUCAUGUGAAAAAACAGAACUUGGGAGUCAUAGAUGUUAUGUAGAAUUGGUCAAAAAUAUUUUGUCUUUUUCUUUUUAUUGUUACAAAAGUUCAUCAAUUUUAAAAUUGCAAAUAACGAUGUUAUCCAAUGCUUAAUACUUUCUUGUAGAGGCAAAAGUUUUAAAUGAAUAUGUAAUCAUUCUUUAAGUGUGUUUUCUCUUUCUUUCAGUUUUGCAUUUGUAAAGGUCUUGAUCGAAAGAGUGUGACCAUAAGGAUUAGCCUGUUUUGGUUUCUUGGAAAUAGUUAAACCUUCUUUCUUUUACUUUGGUUGUGAAGGCUUCUUUUCAUGUAUCAGUAGUUCAAAUGCCUAGAUGGUACAAUGACAUUUCCAUAUCGUCUUUCUAAACUAUAAAAGGAUGGUGCUUUACAUGCUACAUGUUGUGAAGCCUUUCUUCUCUUUUAAGCUUUCUUAAGUGUGUUAGAUUCAUUUCUGUAUAUUUGCAAAUGAAAGUAUUUUUGUGAGGAAAUCUGAUAUUAUUGCAUGUUUACUUUCAAUUAGUCGUAUACCUGCUGCAUAAUUUUGGCAGAAGAGGAUGUAGGAUAUUUUCAGCAUGAAACUUUUCCUGCUUGCUAUUUAUCUGGUAUGUAGUUUGGUGAAUUACGCAUCUUCAAUGGAGCUUCAAAUUAGUGGGCAUUUAUCUCUGCGCCUCAGCGGGGUUGAUGCUCUCUUUAGAAAUUGGUCUCAUUAGUUAUGCCCUCAUGACUGAUUGGGAACUGCUAAGUCUGGACAGCAUUCUUACUGCUCGAAUUUCUACACCUAGGCACUUUUGAGUUCCUUGCAUCCUAAUCUUCCUCUCAACUGGAUAGCUAGGAAUUCUCAAUUAUCUGGUGAUUCUCGAAGCUGUAGCUGUGUUUUCAACAUUCUGUAGCCAUCAAGUUAUGAAUAACUGUUGAUGGAUGUAUCGGUCAUGGCAUAUGAAACUAACAGUAGCUUUUGUAAGGCAACAUUUAAUGGUCUUUGUGGGGGGCGAACUGUUGCAACUUUCUCUAUGUUGGUUCAAGAGCGAGGUCAAAUGAAUUAAAAAUGUAUUCUGGGCACCUAGUGCAUUAUGUAUUAUUUUCUUAAUUGUGACUCUACUGGAUAUCUGGUAUUAGUUUUUUUUGCUUUUCUGUGAGCUAUAUGUAUGAAUUGGAUGCAAACUAAGUUAGCGUUGUCUACACUUUACACCAUUAUUCUUUUAUUUAAUUAUUUAUUGAAGAGAAUACCUUUAUUUAUGAUGUUAAUUAUUACUCUGACUGUCUUAAAAUUGUCUGUGAUAACUUGUUGCAGAACUUCAGUGCUUGAGAAAGCCUCCAAGUCAGUGUGGGAGAUGAUGUUGGAUAACAAUGGGCUUGGCAAGGAGAUUAGUGAAACUGUAGAAAGAGUUUUUUGCCGAUUGAGUGGCAAAGAAGCCCCGUUAUAUUCUCAAAAUAAUAUCGAAGCCCUGUUGGAGAAAGCAAAAGAGGUAGAUGCUGAAGGAAGCAGAGAAAAGGAACUGAAAAGGAACACGGAGAACUCGCAUUCCUCAUCGAAGAAGAGGAAGCCUGAUGAAACAAGCAAAGAAGAUGGAGCAAAUGGAGUUGCUGAUGGAUCAAAUGCCACCGUACCAGGUCCGUUUGAUGAUUCUAGUAGAAUGCCUCAUCCAAAUGCGAAAACUUGAAGCUUAUCUUUUCAGCAUGGUGUUUAUUAGGACAAAAUAGUAUUAUUAAUAAUCUAACCUUAUGUGUACUUUGCCCAAAUCAUCAUUUUUCUAGAUAUGGUCUUUGCUUCCUCUGCUGAGGAUAAAACUGUCAGAAAGAAAGAAAGAAUCUGGCCAAUGUUGACCAUUUUAAUUCCUUGACUAUGUAUACCAGUAAUUUCCAUUAUAUUUAUAAAAAAAAUUACUAUCAAAAUGUGGGACGGAGGAUAAAAAUUUAAUUAACUUCAAAAUGCAUGAAUCCAAGUGUUGAACUAGCUUGCUUUGACAAGUUUUGGCGAUUAUUAAACAAAUAAUUCUAGUUUUG